UCUUUGACUGCCUGAGUCUUUGACUGCCUGAGUGUUAAAUGUAUUUUUGUUAAUGAUUUCUCAUCUUUGGCUAAAGAAGUUGUAAAGCUUCCGAAUAUUACCAUUGUGCGAAAAUUGUGCGAAUACUGUUAUUAAUGCGCAUGUGCUAUGACCCUGUAGCACUGAUUGGUUUGAGAAGGCAUUGUUUCGAAACAAAAGACUAAAGGUUUCAUCUCCCUAACAAGUUAUUCAAGUUUCUUCGCCAAAAAAACCAUAGCCACGUGCUCAAUCACAAAUUCUUUGGAAAUUGUCUAAUAAUUAUGUUGAUUUACAAAAUUGUCCCGAUGUAAAAUGCUGAGUCCGAAGAGCGAUAAUACAGCGUUUUCAGGUUGAAACAGUUUACUUGAAAGACAGGUGUUCUACUAGAAAAUGAUAUUUUCUCCACGUGAGAAGUCGACCUAGUAAUUGCUGUUGUUGCUGUCACUGUUGCUGCUGGCGCUUUUGUUCAUGCUUUAUGACGUCACGAAUCACGUGCAAUCAAAAAACAAUUUGCGAUGGCCCACCUCGGGAAAUUUGAUCUUCAGCCAUUGAAAUGAAGGAAUCCGAAGUAAAGAGAAAACUGAGAUCGGGCAGUUUGUUAGUUUUUUGCAGGUAUUUUCCUGUCUAUUAAUGCUUGGUUUGAAAGUACACACGGUAUCAUUUCAAAGGCGCGGGAAUUACUGCUUAUAAUUCUGUCACUGUGUUACAGGCAUCACUUUGUAAGGUCUAAUGUAUGGUUAGACAGACGAUGAAGGACAUUUUUAUACAGUUAAUUUGAGCGUUAAUAUGAUUAGAGGCGUAGAAAAGCAAUAGUUAACGAAAAAUACUUGAAAUGUGGGCAUUUUCACCUCAGGUACCCUUUCUAAACUUUGAAACACCACAAUAGAAUAUAUUUGCUCAAAGAUCACAACUUUAUUCAACUCCAUAGACUAGAUUCAACAGACAUGUUCAACAAAUUUAUAAAAAGGUCUUCUUUUUUAAUUUAUAUAUCUUAACACAUAUCACUGGCUUUACUACUCGUGAAUCAGAAACAGUUUGUAACUUUCAUAAACGAAUCCUUGCCUAAGAUCCGUGUUUGAUACCUGAUUCGAUCGAAGAAUGCAUGAGGAGGACGAGUUGUUGUGAUCGUAACAUUUUCUGUCCUUGUUUCUGAAACUAUCAAGUUUAGUUUUCACUUUAUUCUUCUUCAAAAGCUACAGAGUCAAACAGAUAGUUUUAACACGCAAGAUUAGUUUUUACGUUCACUUUUAGAUUGUUUCGAGAUAGCAGAAGAAACACUUAAUUUCUCUACAGUACGUUUGGAUGUUUUUCGGGUCAUCAAAUUGAAUACGAAGAAAGACCUGCUAAAGUCGCUCCAUUUCCUUUUUGUUCAAUUCAAAAGUUUAAUUUAUUCCAGAACUCCUGUCGAUCCUCUGCUUUAAAGUGCCUGUGACAUGAUUUUUUUAUUCUCUUAAUUGAAGCGUUGCACUGCUCUUAUAGUAGAUUUGAACUUUUUUUGAAAUAGAAGCGUUUUGAUAUUGAAAUUAAGCGAAAUAGUGCGGCCUAGCCAAGUCGCUUUAUCAUCAUUCGCCGUUCUCUUGUGACGUCAUGGGAGGAACUCGUUAUUGUAACAAUGUAAUCGCUACCUUCAAAAAUCUCAUCCUCGCUGCCACUACUUUUUCUGGAAAUAUCGCUCAUCUUGGACCUGUUAGAUUUCCCUCAUUGACUACGAUACAAAAACUCGAAGUAGGAGGCGAUAGGGUCCCUACCGUGACGUCACUGCCUACUCAUUCUGAAAACCAAGAUGGCGAAUUUUGGCGUAGAAGAUUUUGGCGUGUUACAAUAACGAGUUCAUAAAGUUAUGGACUGAGACCAAACUAGAGAGGUGUGAUGGAGCAAGAGCCUGUGCUCAUCUUUUCAUAUCUCAGCCAAUUAAUAAUUCCUUUAACUGAUUUUGCAGAUUUAGAGGUAUUUCAUGAUGCUCUUUCAGGUUAUGGGAGCGAAUUUUAAAAAUUCUAAAAAUCACCUCUUGACACCUCUAUACUCAAAUGUUUGUUUUUUUUCAAAGCCAUCUUUAAUUUUUGUACCAUCAAAAGAUUGUUUGUAAUUUUUUGAAUAAUUCUUAUGCGCAUUCACGAUGACAAAUAGCAAAAGGCCCGAAAAUGAAGUCGGAACUUUUUUGUUGAGGAUCUCAACCCUUUGAUUGUGAUUUUCUCGGAGUGCGAUCACCCCAGAGGAUAACUCUUGUUAUAGAGCACUUACUAUAUAGUGUAACCCAAGGGUUUUACAAAGAUUUAACAGCAUGAGAUUUUAGCUUUUCAGCAGAAAUUGCCGCUUCCCCUGUACGAAAAUUGUGCAUGUCUAUUAUGCAUAGGCUAAGCUGAAAUUAGGCGUUGUUGCUUCAUUGCCACACCGGAGGACGGAGAGGAGUCUUUUCUACAACAUGUCGAGCUUUCUGUGCGCCAAAAAGGAAAUUUAUUGUGUCUGUUAGACACGGCUUAAGCUUAAAUUAGGCGUUGUUGCUUCGUAGCUACACCCGCGCCUUAACAUUUUUAAAAAGUCAUAAAAAUGCAGUGAUAUCAAAGAUUGUCGUUCAAAAUGAAGGAAGAUCGAGUCUCGUUUUGCAGCUUGGAGUCUCUGUUGGGAGAAUCUACCCUGCUCAGUGCCGAAAACAAGCAUUCAACGCAGGCUGAAGCAUGCACAGAUGAACAGACCUUAUUGAGACCGACUUUUUUCGACAGUCCUGUAGAAAGACGCCGUUUUCUAAGUUUUUAGACAAAAACAUGUUUUCAUCUUAAAAUUUUUGGACGGGUACAAAGGGGCAAUAAAUUCUAGUUGGGCGGGCAAUGCCCCUUUGUCCCUGCCGUUGGCUUCUUGCCUAGAAGUGCUGUAACGCUUCCUUACAAUUUCCUGUCACUUUGUGUAACAAGAAUUGGUUCGAGAGUGAAAAUAAAAUCGAAUAAUUCGUGCAUUUGCAAGAAGCGUUUUUAAGAAAUUGAAAAGAAUGAAAGAAAAGAAAUUAGAAGAAAAUAAUAGUGUGGUAAAUACUUUUAAUACUUAAUUUUCAAGAAAUAAGCUUUAAGUCUUUUGGGCCUCAUUAAGUAAUGAAUUUCAUUUUAAGACUGGAAUUAAUCAAACGUGAUGAAAUUUUUUAGACGAUUGGAAGAAAAUGACUGUAAGAAAUAUUUUGAAAUGUAUUCUUUGAAAUGUAAGAAACAUAAAGGGCGUGGUUGCAAUAAUUUUCCCUCGUUUUUCAAAUAUACCUAGGGCCUCUGACAGCCUCUCGCCGGCCCCUCCAAUGUGCCGCUAGCAUAACGAUUGCCCCAUGAAAUAAUAGACAUAAAUUUAUCGGGAAAGAUUUUAGUGCAUUUUUCAAAGGGUGGUUUCUUAGUCUGAUAUCGCUAUCAACUCAAGACCCCCCCCCCCCCCCACCACCACCACUUUGAAUUUCUUGGCACCGCCCUAGUUGAGUAGAAUUAAUCAGUGACUGAAUUACUAAACCAGAGACAAGAAGUAACAAGAAAUUUAAAGCGAGGUUAGCAUGCUUAUUACUUGUGUUGAUUAAUUACAUUUAAUCAUACUACAGGACAGCUUAGAGGAUCAGCUCCUCCCCAUCAAAAGUCCCAGUGACUGUUUUGGGCAACUCUGAAUUACAAUAGGCGUUUUAAUUUCUUCCAUUUUGGUCAUGUUAAUUUCAAGCUUGUUGAACUUAUUUGUGAAAAAGGAAUAGAACAUUGUGUCGGAACUUUCGCACAAGCUUCUUUGCCUUCACCGUUUUGUUUUUGAAAAAGCGAAUUUUUUUCUUUGCAAGUCAUAUUUGCAUUCUCAAUUUCCCACUACAAGUAGAACCAGUCUUUGGUGCUUGGCCUUUAGUUCCUUUAGUACGUACAGUUGAAACCCACUGUCUAGAUAACCCGAUAUCUCAAAAACUCGCUAUCGUGAACGAUUUUUUAUUUUAGUAUAAAACUAGGAAUAAAAUGCACUGCUCGAUACCUCAAACUGUCAAGGAUAGGUCUGUUGUUUUAUUUUACAGUACGGGGCAGUGGUGGCGCUAGAAAUUCUCUGACGGAGGAGUUUGAACUUCCGACAGGGGGGCUCGGCAAUCGGAGUGAAAACAUGGAAUCCCAGUUGAAAAGGACGCACAAACAUCGAGAUUACAACAAAAUAUGAAUUCAACAAACAAGAAAGAGCAGAUCUUCAGAGCGGAGUUAUUAUUUUUUUGGGGGACUCCUUUUUUUAACAAAAUGUCCCUUAAAGAAAACAGACAUAUUAAGAAAGCUCUUUGUAGAUCUUUUUCUGUGAUUUUACAAUAUUCCCAACGCUCUAAAUUUUUCUGGGUAAGGAAAAAGACAUUCAAUAGUACUCAAAGUAUACAAUUUAAUACAGUAAUACAAUUUAAUCAUUAAAUAGACUUUUACUUAGGUAGGCUAGGUCUUUGCUAGCUUGCAGAUGCUCGUGUCGCAAUAAACAAGUACACGAAAGUUAAUACCUGAGGCAGCACCAUGGUUGCCGCAGAAGGUGAGGAACUUUUCGAAUUUUGAUGAUUCCACUUCGCUGGAAAAUGUCUCAUUGGAGCAAUAUUUUUUUCUACCUUUAUCAUGAGGCCAGUAGGCACUGGGGGCAGGGGGGCAAUGCCCCCCCCAAUUAUUUGCGAAAUUGGUGUUUGAAGAUCUUAUAAGCGCAGCUUGAUCUGACAGUAUUACGUAAGGCAGGUAUAGGAAAAGCUAUAUUUCUAUCCAUGCCCCCCCCCCGAAUCCAGUUUAUCUGUCUACGGGCCUGGGGCGGAACGCUAUUCUCGUCAUUCGCGCACCCAACCCUGAAACAUUGUAAUGUGGAGUUUGGUUCUCACUGGCUUUGGUUUGCCAUUUACGUUAAAAUAUUGACGUGCCAGGGAUUGAAGAGGAUCAAAUCGAGAAGUGUCACGAUGCUAUUUAGAUAUCAUAUUUUACAGUAGAUAAGCAAGUGUCACGAUAUAUGAUCGGUACUUCUUUGGUUCCCUAUCUACUGUAUCUGAGCGGAACUAUAUCAAUCGCUUUUUCAUUGGGCAUGUUUAUACACAAAACGCUAUCAGCUUACUUCAUGGUUCCAAUUAUUUUGCUUUUAUCAAAUAUUCAUAGGAAAAAUUAACCCAAAAGCCAUAUUUAUAGAGGAAGUUAUCCCCAUUCUGAUUAUAUUUGGCCUGCCGAAAAUACAGGAUUAUAUUGCAUCAAGCAUUGCACUUGGCAACGUCCGGAAACCUUGUUUCUAAGAAAGAGGAGACCAAGAAGUGAAAUAUUUUGUUUUAGAAAAUUUUAUAAAGAACGAGGUAAUUCAUAAGCUUGAUGUAGUGUUAGUGCAAAACCUUUAUGUUGCCAAUUAUUGCAUGGAAAUGCUCGGGCCCUAUUGACCAUAAAUACAUUUAAGCGAAAACCUCUUCAGCCGCUGUUUUUCCGCAGCUCGCUUCUCUUAUGAAACAGUAAUACACAUACGCAGUAACUGCACUGUGAAUAAAGACGCCCUUCCCAUCAACGGGUGCACAGUUUCUGUGUGUCGUAAUUUUUUGGAGAAAAUAUGCUUCAAAAAUUGUGCGCUAUAAAGGUAACUGCCAGAUGUCAGGUUUGCCGACAAGACAGCUUUAGGUCACAAGUUCUCAAGCAAAUCUCGACAGGCAAAGGAAGCAUUUCAGGUGUUAUAAGGUAUUUUUUGUAAGUUGAUGGUUGAAUCAUUCAGACCUCUUUCUAGUGUGUGUCGAAUGGUUAUCCUGUGCAACCUGACUUUUCAACUAUCCUGACAUGCCAUUAAUGCCAUUAAAGAGGAAGCAUCACCAAGGCCACUACGUUUAAAAAAACCUAUAGCUUUUCAAAAUAUAAUGCUACUUUUGAGUUGCUGAAUCCGAAAAUGACAUUCCCAAGCAGAAAGAUUUAAAAAAACACUAUUUCUGGAAUGCCCAGAUACCUUUGGUACCAAAUAAGUAUCAAAAGCUUAAAAAUUGUUAAAUAUGUACCUUAAAUGGUACUUGUACAGUGUAAAUGUUAUAUUUGUGGUGCUGAAUAUGAUGAAAGGUUCUCCAUCCAAAGAUUCCAUGUAUUUCUGGCAUGCAAUGAUGCCGUUGAUGCCAAGUUAAUGCAAAAUAAAAUAAAUUGUUAAUUUUUGAUGUUUUAAAGAAAGUUUGGCUUGGAAACCGAUUUUUCGGAUUUUUUACCUCAAAUAUAACAUAUAGCAAUAGACCUCAACUAACAUAUAGUUAUACCAAAUAUAACAUAUAGCAAAUAGGCAAUAGGGUUUUUGGGUCUGAUUUUUACAGUAUUUUCACUUUUGCUCUGAUGAAGCCCCGUAUGCCGGGGCGAAAUAUUAGCCAUCACUGAUUUGUGUGUUUCUUGUUGUUUAUUCUCGUCGCGUUGCGGUGUUCCUUAUAUACUACUAUUUUAUCGAUUUUUCGCCGCAAGAUUUCCUCCGGAGUUCGUCAAGCAGCCUGCUAUCGUGGCCUCUCCUUUAUUCGCACAUUUUUACGGUAUGCCGCUGUGUAGGCUGUAGGUGUAAUGUUUGCAUGACAUUUUUAAUUAUUUUUUUUAAUGGUUUGGUGGGCGCAGGUAAUGUGUAGGUGACAAUUUUGGAUAGUUUUGAGGAUAUGGGUGAAAUUUUUUAUUGGUGGGCGUGUAUAUGGGUGUUGGAUUAUUUUCUUGAUGGGACAAAUGUUUAGAUGAAGUUUUUGAUUCUUUUAAGUGAGUUUUAAUGGGAUUUGCGUAGGUUUUCGAUGUAGGCAAAUGUUUAGAUGUUUUGAAGAUAUUUUGUGUGUUGAAAAGUACAUUAUUGUGACGCUUCCCCUUGUCUUGCAGUUGAUGAAUCGUUAUCGAAGAUAAGCGGUGACCAGCAAGAUGUUGGUUUUUGUUUUUAUGAUCGCCGUCCUAGUUUCAAGGAUUCAAGCUUCUGGUACUAGUCCACAGAAAAAGUCUCUCAGUAUCGGCUGUUUCAUACCAAGCUAUGCAAAUGACGACCAUUUUGGUUAUACGACUGCAAUUGAAAUGGCAAGAGACUGGAUAAAUGACAAUCAUGUUAUACCAGAUAAUUACACGAUUGAACUUGAUAUCGGAGAUACAAUGGAAAUGGCAGCUUAUGCAAUUCAGCAUCUUGGCCUGUUCAUGCAAGAUAAGCCAAAAAAAGUUGCAUUUCUCGGCCCUGUUUUUACAAAAGCACUGCAACCGAUUGCCGAGGCAUUGCAAGUUUUAGCUGUUCCUCAAAUUUCCUUUGGAUCUACUUAUGCAUACUUUAACAACCUGCUGGAGUUCCCGUACUUUUUCCGAACAGUCCCAUCCACGGAGAUGUUCAACUGGGCGAGAAUUCAUCUUUUUUCCAGAUUCAAUUGGAAAAGAUUUGGUUUGAUAUACGAUCGAGAUGACGCUCCUCUUGCCCUGGCUUCUUCCUUACUUCACAAAAGUUUAACAAGAUAUGGAAGCACAGUAGUUGGCCCUGUUGGUGUCAGUAGAUGGGAUAGCAACAUUGAAGAGGCUCUCAUGAAGUUCAAGGAAGAAAAUAUUCGAAUUUUCAUUGGUGAUUUCCUUUCGCUGGUUGCUCGCAAAGUAUUCUGUGCUGCCCAUCGUCUUGGACUUUUCGGCAAAAAGUACGUGUGGGUGAUACAUGGGAAUAUCAGAGACAGACUAAAGAAAGAAGACUUUCGAAUAACUUGCAAAGCAUCAGACAUCAUCAGUGCCUCUAACAACGCCAUAACCAUUGGCCAACUGAAUUUCAUUUUGACAAAUGAGACUACUGUCACUGGGGAGACUAGAUUGGCAUUAUAUGAACGGUACGUACAGACUGCAAAAAGCAAGAAAAGGUUUUACCGAACCUACAGCCCAUACGCUUUCGAUGCCUUGGUAUCUCUUGGUCUCGUUAUACGAGAUACAUUUCAUGUAGUCAACUGGACCAACAUGGACUACAGCAACCACACUGCGGCUUUAGCAAUCAAGGCAGCUUUUAGAAGAAUCAAGUUUCAUGGAUUGACUGGCCUAGUGCAAUAUAAUGAAAGAAGUGAACGAUUGGUAGACAUUGCUAUCCAACAAGUUAAAGAUGGGAAAGAAGAACUAGUGGCUACGUUUGAUAAUGUCAGCAACGAGCUUACAUUCUGGAAUGAGGCGAAAUCUUUCCAUUGGCCAAAUGGAGUAACGCCUCGUGAUAGGGAGCGCCUUGUUAAAAGACUCCACAAGAUGCCAAACUGGAUUUCGCUGGCACUGAUAACUUUUUCCUGCCUCGGAAUCGCAGUAUCAAUCGCAUUGUCAUUCAUGCUGAUCAAGUUCUGGAACACUGCUGACAUAAAGAAAUCUUCGCCAAGAAUGAACGCCAUUAUAUUGGUUGGCUGUCUCCUUUGCUACUCAAGCGUUGGAUUGCUUGGAACGGAAACGUAUUUACCUCUCAACAGUCAAAUUACAGCUAACUGGAAGGCUAGGUUGUGGCUCCUGAGCAGCGGUUUCACAUUCAAGUUUGGAUCUAUGUUCGCAAAGACAUGGCGAAUUUUUAGAAUAAUAACAAACAAGCUUUUACGUAAAAAGCUCGGCUUGAUAAGUAACUUUCAUCUUUAUGGUAUGGUUGGAGCACUGUUUGUAAUCGAUGUUGUCUUCUUGACUACGUGGGAAUUCCUCGAUCCGAUAAGAGUGGACACCGUAUGGGGACCUUCGGAGGUGCAUCCAUCCGAGGAUCUGCGUGUGCAGGAGUAUAGCCUAGUAUGCACUUGCGUCAAUUUCACUUGGUGGAUUGUUGGUAUUCUAUUCUACAAAGGUGCAUUGCUAUCAUUUGGCCUGUUUCUAGCAUUUGAAACGCGCCAUGCAUAUCCUGAAGUGAACGAUUCUUACAACAUUGGCUUCUCUGUUUAUAACGUCACAGUGUUUUCCGUUAUCGGCUCGAUCACUGCCUUCGCUUUAAGAAAGUAUAAUCAAGAGUUCACACAUGGUAUCAUUGGAGCAUCUAUAACAAUCUGUACAACAGUCACCCUAGGACUUAUCUUUCUGCCAAGGGUUGCAGCCUUAAAAAAACAGAGCACUGAAUCAUCGCCAGAUGGAACACGACAUCUAAAUAUACAAGGAAAACUAUCAUCUAGCAUUCUGUAGAGUUUUCAUUAUGCUUUUCGCAACCGUCAGUAAAACCGUUAUGGUAGCAGAGCUUGGUUCGUGUAAUUCAUAGAAUGCUAAUAAAAAAUUUAUCAAACAAAAAUUCUAAUGAAUUUGCAACACACUUGAAAUUAAAGAAAAAACAUUAUAACUAUACCUUGACCCCAUUAAUUUCCCUCAUACUCAUUUUAGAAGGGCUCUAAUUAUAAAUCUAGCUUGCAAAUUUGUUCUUAAACGCGGGCGAUUACUGUAUACAGUCCCCAAUCAUUAUAAUGAUGCGUUUAGAUCGAAACAGGAUUAUAAAAUUUCAGAAACCAUGAGAUACCAGAAAAGACGAAUUUGUUGAGAAAGAGUCAUUUGAAUUAUGAGGGAAGGUAAUUGCAUUUUAUUUGAAAUCGCAAGAGCACGUACUUUUCGAUUCCACUAACACCAUAACUAGCUAUGUGCUUAGGUGCUCUGCAUAAUUCACAUCACAGAUUUGUAUUGUCUCUACGUUCAACAUUCAUUGAUAACAUUACAUCUUUCCAAAACAAAAAAAAGCUAAUAUUAAAGGUAUUAGACCGUUACAACAAACGUUCGUCAUUUUGGACAUUGAUCUUCUCUUGCUUGAUAUACCGUAAGGCCUCAAAUAAGAGCCCCCCUCGAAUAUGCGCACACCCUUCAAAUAUCCCAUCUUUAAACCUUCAAAAACGGCGCUUAUUCGAAUUCUAAUUAUCAAUUUUAAGAAAGAAAGAAAAAUUGCUUCAAUUAAAAGCACAUUCAUUUUUUUGAAUUACUUCCAAAUCUAUUCCUAAAAAAGCACCCCCCCCUCAAUUAAGUGCCUCCCUCGGUUAAGCGCCCACCCUGGAGCCUCGAAAAUUAAAUAAAGCGCCCGGGCGCUUAUUUGAGGCAUUACAGUAUUUGAUAAUCUUAUCUUGAAUAAAUUUUCAAGCGGGUGUAGCUUGGUUGAGGCUUGUAGUGCAUGACUAAAAAGAAUUGAACUAAGGGAACAGGGCAAAGAAUAAUGUCUUUUGGUGUAGCAAAGUGUUUGUUUCAAGUUUCGAGACAUCAAAGCUUAUACCCCCUUAUACUUGAUAUUAAUAACAUUCUAUUCAGAGUCAUUCCCAGAGCUCGCUUUGAGUUCACUCAAGGGGUUGUAUUGACACCGUGAUUAUAGCUCAUGAUCAAAGGAUAAUGAUCACCUCUAAGACGAUCAAAGUUGAAAGAACUACAUAAAACUACUUUUUAAGCAAGAUUCCCCAGCUUUUUCUGGAGAGGGAGCUGGUCUCGCACAGUUGAAUUUCGAUUAUUUCUCUAUAUAUGAUAUACAGAGUGAUCUGCUCGGUAAAGCAGUAACAAUCCCUUAGAUAAGAUGCAAUUGAAUAGGGGGGGGGGGGGCAUGGAUAACCAAUUUUACACAUCUAAAUUACAGUAAAAAGGGGUGGAAAUUCAAGCUUUUUUUGAAGGGGUGAAGGGUAGGGGGCCCAGGCCUACAAAAUUUUGACGCAGUGGAGACUCAGUAGGGUAUUGGGGGUUUUAGAGCCCAAAUUGUCGACAAGUACGUAUUCAGGAGAGGGGCUCAAGCACCUUGAAAUUUUUGCCACUGCAGUACUUUUGAAUACACAAUAACCAUAUACUUCCACACUGCUCACGCUUAAAGAAGUACUUUCAUAACGCCGUACAUUCCUUUUCGUAUUAAAUUUUGAAUUUUUCUUUAAUUCAAGUCGGUUUUUGUAAACAUCGAGAACACACAACAGAAAAAUCGUAGUCAAACAGAGGUAGGUAGUUUGGUUAAGCAUGUGAAAUUGGUAUAGACAAUAUGAUUGCAUAGCUAUUUAAUGUGUAAUUAGUCUAUAAUGUAUUUAAAUUAGAUAGCUUUAGCUACAGGAUCUAUGUUCUGUAACUUUUAAAUCGUAGAUAGAAUCUUUAAGAUUUUAAGUCGUGAUACUAUGUUAGUUUGAGCUUUAAGCUUUUUUGUUACUCUAAGGUGAACUCUUUGAUCUAAACUACUUAGGUAUUUUUGCGUUUUGUGAAAAUUGCCGUUGAUGUAAGGGAGAUUGUCAGUGUAAAAUGUGCAAUGUUCAGUAGCAAAGUUUUCUAUAAAUGAAUAAGAUAUCCAAAGUUUUUAGGCUUUACAGCAGCGCUAGCUGAUGUUUUGUGGCAAUUUCAUCAGCCUGGUUCAAUUUUCUUUACAUUCACCCUACUUAUUUUUACGUCACUAAUGUCAUUGUAAAUAGUAAACUAUUAAUGUCAUAAUAUUACAUUUAGCUGAAAUAUAAAAUGAUGUUUUCGCUGCAAAGAUACUCCUGCUUGUCAGUUCAGUUUAAUGGAUAUUGUGGUGGCACAAUGGUCCAUAUUAAUGUUUAAAGAUAUCAUGUCUCGUGGCUUCGAAUUCAAAAUUUAAGUCCAUUCUUAUUCAACGACAUAAUUUACAGAUGAAUUGCUAGUAACAUCAUAAGAGAAAAAAAAUACAAGUUUGUUAUUUAUGUUAUUAGGUACAGUACAGAUCAGUAUAUUUUCUAGGGCUUUAUUGACGAAUGCCUCAAGGCACUUUAAAUCCGUCUAUUUUCUUUACAGCAAUUUUAUCCACAAAUAUUGCCCCUCCGUCUACAUUUUCUCGUCUGAUUUUGGAUGAAUUAAAAUGGAACUUUCCCAGGACCCAGGGACGAGCCCCCGUGGUGCUACAUAUGAUGCCUAUGGUCCCUAUUCGUAUAUGUGGCGUGAAAUUAAUGGAACAUUUUCAAUGUGGGGAAAAAUCGAACAAAUUAUUGGAUCUUCCACUACCUCCCACAUAAAUGCUGAUCAUUUUUCUUUGAAAUGUGAAACACGCAUGAAAGCAACUAUGUGGUGCUUCGGAGGAGCAAGUUUUAAAUUUUGGAGGCAAAUCAGAAGGCAAGCAAAAAACAUGGCGCACACAACCUAUUUUUGGCGUUCUAUGAAGAACAACAGUGUAUAGAGAGUUCAUAAUAUGAAAUAACAACAAGGAAACAAAGCCAAGCAAUAUACACUGAGAUCACCAAAGGACUUAAUUAUCCUGACAAAGCUUUGCAAAAUUGAAGAAAUAUUGCGCCGUUUUGCACUUUGUUGCCACUUUUGCAAAUAUGCAGAUCUAACCUUUCGUUGAAGGAAUGAGUUGCAUCGAAUUUAAACCCCCUGAUUUCGAUCUGAAGACAUUGAUUGCUUUUUGUUGGUAGCAAAUCGUUUCAAGGUAAGACAGAAGAAUAUAUUUUCUUAUGAUAUUCACUGUAUGCAGAUUAAUCAGUAUUCGGUCUACUGCAUAAUUUAUUAGUAAACUUUAUUGCCGACUAAAAUUCCACUGUGUUGUGCGAAAUCGCCAAUGCAAAUCAUCUGAUGAAGACAUUCAACAUAUUGAUCCUGAAACAAAAGGCGAAUCAAUUUCAACUCGCUCACAAAUCCUCCAUGCAAGAGUUUUGGUAGUGUUGAUUUGUGAUUUCUAAAGAAAACCGUUUUGUUUAUUGCUUAGUCAGUUUGCAAUUUGAAAAUUCAAGAAGAAGCAAGCACCUGGAAAUCUUCGUAUGCAGAUGUUUUAUAAAGUAUCGAAGAAAAGACUUUUCCAGCCCCGUUUUUAAGUAGACAUGUUUCUGGAUAGGCUAGGGACUGUCUGAAAUCGCUUGCAAACGAUUCACCUACCUGGUUUAGCCGUGAUGUAUUGAUUGAGUAGGGUAGAGAUAAGGUCCCUGGGACAAGGCUCUUUGAAAAUGUAUCCUUGUGUGGGAUGCUUUUCUUAAAAUCAGUUAAUAGGGAAACAUUUUUCUAGGAAAGCAAUUGUCCCACGAUAUUAUAACCGUGGCUAUAUCAUUGUGUCCUACAGACCUAUAACCUAACAACACUCAAUAAUUAUGGGCAAAGGCGUGACGUUCUCGAAUGACUUGAGGAAUUCAUGCUAAAGUGGAAGCUGAGAGACAUUCAUGUUCAUUUUUACCCAAAACUCUAGUAUUGAACUCAUCUUAACCAAGAAAGUUCUUUUUGCUCUGUUGCUUGCAAAUAUCACACCGGGGAGGCAUUCUUUUAUCUCCCUGCUGAGGAUUGCAAUCGCAAUAUAUGUCUUAAGCGCUAUUUAUGAGCUUGGGAAACCUUCGGGGGAGGGGAGGGGCGUGAGUGGCGAGGUUGAAACGAAACUCCUUGAUCCUUGACAGCUUUUACCUCAAAGAACCCUAAGCAUCGAAGUUAAGGAGAUUUUCCAAUCAAAAAGUGAAAGGAAUGUUUAUAUAAAAUCUUGUUAAGGUUAUUAGAAAUAAGUACGUUUAAUAGUUUCCAUUUUCUUCGACAUACUCCAAAUGCCCUUAGUUCGCUGCUAAAAGGUAUUAGAACAAAGCUGCCUGUGCAAUAAGUAUCUCCUGUACACUCAUUCCAGCUUUACUUUUCAAGAAACUUCAUAUUU